UUCUUUCGAAUUUCAACCAGACUGUAUUCAUCAUGAACGACUGACUUUGCUGUUUGUCCUUUAGUUUCAAGCCACAUUUCCCCAGUGCAGUCCAUCCAACAGUUUGAUGGGACGGCAUUCUUAGUAUGGAAUGAUCAAGAGAAAAGGAUGGCGGAGGUUCCACUAAUUGAUGGUGGACAUGUAACUCGUGAGAAAGAAGACUGUAUUUUUCAGGAGCUCACUGAACUGCAGGAAAGACUCCACGAAAGGAAGUAUACUCUUGCGGAGUGGAUCAAGUUUGAGCCCAAUGAGAUUCUUCCUGACUCCAGAGAUCGAGUGAGAAAUGAGCUGCUACCAAGGUUCUGGCAGUGUGUCCACGAUGCUGCCGUGACAUUGCUUGUUGGUGACAAGCUGCCCGUUUCCACCAAGGGAGAAGCAACACCCACGUCGAAUGUGCCGCCAAGCUCAGUCAAGCACCAACAUAAGCAAGCAAGUGCUUACACGUCAUCUUCAAGGAGACACACUAAUCAGCAGCAAGCAACGACUAGACCAGCUCGUUCACAGCCUGCCAGAACCAAUCGUCCUCAUCGUCCAUCACCUGCAGCAGCACCAAACACUGCCAACGGUUCGGCAAGUGCGAAUAACACAGUGCAAUCAGCACCGUUCGCAAACGCUCGCCGGCAGCAUGUUAGUCCAUCAUCGGGUAACUCAGCCCGGAUGCAUGUCACUCCACCGAAAAAGUAUCAGUCAGCAGCAUACGAUACUCAUAGUUUUGAUGAUUUUCCAGUGUUGGGAUCAACAUCGACUUCCACUCCAAGAAGCAGUCAAACGAAACAAAUUCAAGGCAGUGCCAGCAAGAAAAGAAGGAUAAAGCCGACCACUGUUUCGAAAGAUAAAGUUCGAGACCCAUGCAAUCAACCUACAUCCAACCUUAUUUCAACACCUGCUGCGGGUAAUUCUGAGUCGGCUUUCGUAUCUGCUAGCAAGACAUCUUUGCGGGAAGAAGCCAACGGUACAGCUGAAGAACAACCCACGUGUCGUUCGGAUGGAGGUGAGCAGGACUGGGCAAGAACUCGGAGUGUUCCAACAACAGCUACACAUCCCCUUGCAGGUGAAGCUAACAUACAUCGUAUUGGUGCAUCACAAAAUCAACAGCAGCAGCAGCAACAACAGCAGCAGCAGCAACAACAGCAGCAGCAACAACUACAGCAACAACGACUCAUCGGUGCUCCUACUGUUCCAGGACAGCCUGGCGAUACUGAACUGGUACACUCUGAUUUAGUUCUUACUGGAGUACAAGGAGAAGCAGAACAGAAUAAUACGUCCCCGCAAAUUAUGCAAGAUGAGAAACUGAAGUCUAUUGACAAUGCUGCUACAGCGGAUAACGUUUGUGAAAAUGUGGAUGAACUGGCUGAAAUUGUCAGUAAGCGAUUGUUGUUUGACAGUAGUAUGGUUAGUUCAUCCAUCAAAACACACGCAGCAACAGAGAAUCCAUCGGCUGAGUGUGCAACUGGUGACCAGCAGCAUCAAUGUGCAGCAUCUGAAUUCCUGUACUCGGUUGCUGCUUUGUACAGCACUUGUGUAGAAUGUGGUGUGGUGGUAAACGUCUUUACCGAGUUACACAUGCUAGCUCAUCUGCUAUCAAUCAAGACAGUGCCAGUCCUCAAUCUUGUAACAUCUUCUACCUCAAGACUUACAGAGCAACUAUCCCAAGCACUUGUGACUGGAUCAGGCCAUGCUGUGUUUGCUGCAAGAUGCUUCCAACACCUUGCACCGUGUUUGGAGCUGUUAGAUAUCAAUUCUCGGAGAUUGCUUGCCAGUCAUGCACUGAUUCAAGUUCAUGCGCCCGAGGCACUGAGGGUCCUGUCCAAGGCCAAGGAGGAUGAUACGAAAGAGGCAAGAGAUGUCAAGAGUAAGCAACAAGCAUCGGUUCCGUUUCAAGAAGAUCGCGAUGGUGUUGCAUUUUUCCCAUCCCAGAAAGCGUACCACAGUUUCAAGCGUCAACGGAGUGCUUUCUCAUCUUUGCUUCGUGAAUGGGAGGAUGCGGAAGGAGAAGGACGACACCUUUCAGUAGAACUUGUCAUGGCAGACAGAAUACGAGAAUUACUGGAUACCCAACUGACUAACCUGAUUCAUUUCGUCCGCUACUUUGUCCUGCAGUUACUUCAGAGUUGCCAAGCGGAAAAUCCCUUUCAAAUGGAUGGCAUGACAGAAGCUGAUGCAUCAGUUCUGCGGAAGGCUGACAUGGACAAGUUGCAGAGGCUGCAACGGAAACUUGUUGAGCGUGCAUAUACUGAUGGAGCCUGUCCUCAGCCUUCCUUCCCUGGCAAUGAAGAAUUCUUCAAAGGUUUCAUACAAGUUGCUCAGAGCAGCCAACCGUUCUCUUGUCAUUUGCAAGCUUGCCUUUCUGACAAGAUCUUGGAGAUGAACUCUAAAGAUGCUGCGGUAUUGUCAUCAGAAGCUAAUCCCAAGAGGUGCAUAAUUCGCCUAGUUCAGCAGCUGACGGUGCUUGGCAAGUUCCUCGGAUAUGUGAUAUCUUUGCCAUCUGCAUGCCCUGAUGCUGUACCUCACACCUUGGAGCCCACUUUGAUUAAGUUCCAUGAAUGGUGGCCAAUGCCUUCUCUGCAUUGUGAAGAACUAGCCAGGGACAGUAUGACGAAUGGCCGUGUGUGCAUCACUCUACCAUGGCUUGUGUACAUGCUUGCUACAAUUGGACCAAUGUCUUUACACAUGGCCCAUUUCAAGCCUACGUGGGCUCUGCUCUUGUCUUUGCGCAGAAAAAUGCAUUGCAUGCGCUCCAGUCGCAUCACCACAUUUCUCCUGGUGUUACUUGGCUGGCUGUUUGAGCUGUUGAAUGCUACAUCUAUUUUGGAUUCUCUCCCGUCUGCCGAAUAUGCCAUAUCAGCUGAGCUUACGUCACCAAGCGAGCAGAGCAUGGGAAAUCUGGUGAACAGCUCCUUUGUGAUGUCAGUGUGUCCAUUCAUCAGUGAAAUUGGAAAGGUCCUCGCAGCGUCUUCAAAUGGCUACACAUCGUCUUCGUCUCGCCGCCGUAUUAAGUCUGUAUGUUCAGUUGUGGGAAAGUCAGAGGUGGAUAUUCAGGACUUGCUUGCAGAGAAUUUCAUGGCAUAUCAAGUCCCUGUUGUUCAGCAAGUUGUCAAUGUUGUCGUGGAACGGUUUGUCAGUAGAGCAAAGAAAGAAGUGAGUAUGCUCACGUUACCAGCUCUGCUUGAACGCUACAAAGCUGACGUCUGCUCUAUCAUGCACCAACACAGUGACAUCUUGUCAUUUGACAUGCACUCCACGGAGGCAAGAAACAUUGUCCAACGACUUAGUUCACGUUUUACACUUCAACUGUCUGAAGAAGUAGCAACUGUGUUUGAACGGUUUUCCAAGGAUGAUUGUUUUCAAGCUGUGUCUCUUCUGUUGGAUGGAGAAGUCUCAGUAGCAGUUGUUGGAGCAGCACGUGCUCUUGUUGCGCGGAGGAUACGUCAGCAACUGUCUCAAUGGCAACAGAUCACUUUCUUUGAGAUGUCACAACGAACAGUAAGAAGUCUGUUGGAAAGAGCAAGGCACAACGCUGUGACAACUGUUGGUCCAGCGCUGAAUGAACUUCAAGCGGAUGAAGUAUCAGAUGCGUCAUGGUCUUAUCGCCCUGUUGAUGAUACUCUCAAGGUCUUGAGCAGGCGAAUCGAGGCAGCGGCGUACAAGUCUGUUCUAAAUGUUGUUCACCUGUCCCGUCUUGCACAAACUAUCGGUGAAAUUGAGUUAGUUCUCCGGUCAUGUUUGGCUAGAAACCCAGAAGAAGCAGAGGAUGGUACGAAACAAGAUUGCCGUCCACCUGAAAUGCACGCAGUAUUGAAAGACAAGCGACUUUCUUCAAUAGCACUUUAUUCUUGUGAGAUGGCUAGCGCUUGUGCGAAUUAUCACAUACCAAUGUGCGAGCAAGGCUGCCAGGCAUCCACGGACAGUUUAUCAGAGUGUCGCCAGCUUAGUAAGGUAUGUGAUGUAUUUAAGCAGCUGCAGUCAUCCCUAUCCAGCCUGUGGAUAUUCUUGAAAGAAGGUUUGAAUCUUCUGCUACCCCCUAGACAACUGCAAGCUGACGAUUUGCAAGUUUUGGAGCGAUGUUUUUCUUACUGAUACUUUGAAGUAAUACUAUUUAAAUCAGAGCACCUUGUGAACAUGAUGCAAUGGCCUGUCUUCCAUUGCACUCUGCUGUACAAUCUGCUUUGCCACCAUAUUCAAGACUGUAGAGUUAGUUGCCGAGCGCAUUAUUCUCCUGGUAAUCAAUUUUGGCUAGGUUAUUUUGCAAAGUCCUUUCUUUUAAGAAAAUAAAACGAAUACUUGGUUUAAAAAAUCUAGCUAAUGAACAUCCUGGAAGUACUUGACUUUUUUGAGUCCUGAUGGUGUACUGGUGGAGACAUUUUAUUUUUGUGUGAUAAAAGAUUUUUAUAGAAACCUGAA